CGCAAAACCGUUGCCAUCUUCCUCACCUGUUGGCCCCCGCCCUCUCCCACCACUCUCGCCUCGCCUACGAUGGCGGCGCCGGCGCGGCAGGAGUGGAGCAUGUCCGACUUCGAGAUCGGCAAGCACAUCGGUGGGGGCAAGUUCGGCAAGGUCUACCUCGCCCGUGAGAAGCAGAGCGGGUACGUGGUGGCGCUGAAGGUGAUCUACAAGGAGAAGCUGGAGAAGUACGGCUUCCACGAUCACCUAAGGCGGGAGAUCAAGAUUCAGCAAGCCCUCGACCACCCCAACGUGCUCCGCCUCUUCACCUGGUUCCACGACGAAGACCGUGUCGUCCUCGUCCUGGAGUACGCCGCCCGUGGCGAGCUCUAUAAGGUGCUCCAAACCGCUGGCCGCUUCACCGAGCGCACGGCCGCUACUUAUGUCGCAAGCCUUGCUGAUGCACUGGCAUAUUGUCACAAGAAGCAUGUGAUCCAUAGGGACAUCAAACUUGAGAAUUUGCUACUGGACAUAAAGGGCCAGAUUAAAAUUGCAGAUUUUGGAUGGGCAGUUCAGUCAAAUGCUAAACGGCACACAUUCUGUGGCACAAUUGAUUAUCUGGCACCAGAGAUGAUAAAGGGGACAGGUCAUGACCGUGCUGUUGACAAUUGGGCUCUAGGAAUCUUGUGCUAUGAAUUCCUGUAUGGUUCACCUCCUUUUCAAGUUGAGGACCUAGAAAACACAUUGAGAAGGAUACUUAGAAUGGAUUUGACAUUCCCUUCAACUCCUUAUGUAUCUUCAGGGGCUAAGGAUCUCAUUUCCAAGCUUCUUGUGAAGGAUUCAAGCAAAAGGCUUUCUCUUGAAGAUGUUAUGAAACAUCCAUGGAUAAAAAAAAAUGCAGGACCUUCAGGGAGUUGCAUUAAGCAAAGAGAAGUAAAAAAAGCUAAGUUCAUCUGAAAAUGGGCCUGGUUUUGGCGAAAAACUUGUUUGCCAGUGGUACAGAAUCUUCCCAUAUACGUUGCUGAUGUGAUAUGAUGCUCAGAGACUUGUCGCUUCUGGAGAGGAGAGAUGCUGGCGGUGGCAUUUUGGCUCCUUUUGGUUCUGAUGGUGGAGUCUAUUGUCAAUCGAGAAUAUGGAUGCAGCGUCUCUGUGUUUCCCUUUAGAUAGGCUCCACGGCCGCGGUGAUUCCGCGCACGAUCCCGCUCAACCGCAUGUUCGUCGCGGGGACGAUGGCCUGGCUGAUCCACCGCGUCUCCGCUCCGGCUGGAUCGCGGAUGACCAGCGCCAUGGGGUUGGGGUCGUCGUUGUCGUCCUGUGACGAGACUACUGAUGAGGCACCAGCACGAGCUUGUCUACAAA